GCUCUCAGACCCUUUGGCGUAAGCGAUAAAGCAGGAAACUGCUGACGUUCAAUUCUUCUUGUCUGUGGAAAUGGAAAAUUUUUAAGAAAGUGAAACAGAAGUGAGCUUCGAAGUAUUCUACACUUCUGUCUUCACAUCAUUACCCCUGUUUUCAAGGAUACUCAAUUCAGCUCAAUCAGGUUCAGAUUUUCUCCUUCACGCCAAAUGUCUCAAUUACUUGCAGUGAAGUAAAGUGGAUAAUAUUUACCUGGGAUGUAUGGGGGUUCAUGGUUUUUGAUCUUUGAACUGUUUUCCUGCUCAGUUUGGGGAGUUUCUUUGGUGAUUUAAGUUAUCGGUUCCAUUUGAUCGGUUUUGUGGUGUCAGUUGUUGGAUGAAUUUCGAUCACUGCGUUGCCUGAGUGAGAUAGAUGAAAUGUUGAAUCUACGGCUUUGAAAUUCAUGUUAUUGGUGUACUUGAAUUCCGAUUGGGAUAAUAAAAAGCCAAUCCUUAACAGUGCAGAGUGCUGCCAGGGAUCUUGGCAGUUGCCACACAUCUUUCAGCAAAUUUAAGCAGAAUUGUACAUGAUCAGGAAGCAAAAUAGGAGAAGGUGCAGGUUGGAGACCUCGUUACUACCAAUCCAUGCCUUUUUGCCUUUUACUUUGGAUGACUGAUUUAGAUGGAUGUUACCUCCCCAGAACCUAAUAGAACCCAAACCGACCAUUAUCCUUUGCUGAUGGAGCAGUCUGAAAGCCACCAUCAGCACGUAAUUGACAUCACAAGGAAUGGUGAUGCUUUAGCCAGCUCAUCUCAUGUUGCUCAACUUCCUGAAAUACAUUUGAUGCACAAUGAAGAUCAACGGUCUAGUGGUACACGAGACCCUGCUCAUCAAACAUCUUCCUCAUCUAGAUUAAACUCUAGAAAUUCCUCAUCAACAAGAGGUGAGGGGUAUCAUCAUCGAAGAAGGAAUCCAUUAAAUUCUGGACUAUGGAUUUGUGAGCUUGUUGUCACUGUGGGUCAGAUCAUAGCAUCAAUAGUUGUCUUGUCAUUGUCGAGGAAUGAAAAUCCGCAAGCCCCAUUAUUUGCAUGGAUUGUGGGCUAUACAUCUGGUUGUGUGGCCACACUUCCUAUCCUAUAUUGGCGUUAUCGAAGCCGUAAUCAGAGUACUGAACAAGAUACAUCUCAACAAUCUCAAGGAUCUUCUGGAAGUGAUCGUCCAUUGCCUACCUCAUAUACUGCAGUCUCUGAUGCUCAUGUUUCAGAUGAGGAGAAUAGUCGUGUCACAGAAUCAGCUGCGAGAAACAGUAGGAUUCCUGGACCUUUAUCCGAUCAGAGAUUUUAUUGUAAUUUUCUGCUAAAUUGCAGGCUUAAUGGAUUAGUAGAUCAGUUCAAAAUGGCCUUAGAUUGCUUCUUUGCAGUUUGGUUUGUUGUGGGUAAUGUGUGGAUCUUUGGAGGCCAUUCUUCUCCUUCCGAUGCUCCAAAAUUGUAUAGGUUAUGUAUUGUGUUUCUUACCUUUAGCUGCAUUGGAUAUGCUAUGCCAUUUAUCCUAUGUGCGACAAUUUGGUGCUGCCUACCUUGCAUAAUUUCUGUUCUGGGCAUCCGUGAGGAUUUUUCCCAAACUAGAGGCGCGACAGUGGAGUCUAUUAACGCCCUUCCAAUUUACAAGUUCAAAUUGAAGAAAACUGAAAAUAGUGAUAAUCAGGAUGUCAACACAGCUGUGGAUGGUGGUAUAUUUGCUGCAGGGACAGAAAGGAGCAAGCCUUCUGGAGAAGAUGCUGUAAUUUGCUGCAUUUGCUUGGCGAAAUAUGCUGACAAUGAUGAUCUUAGGGAGCUACCCUGUCUUCAUUUCUUUCACGUAGACUGUGUUGAUAAAUGGUUGAAGAUAAACGCAUCGUGUCCUCUUUGUAAAAGUGAUGCUGGUAAGAUUAGUGGGGAGCCUCCUUCAGCCGGGGAAUCCAGUUAGUUUUUAAUGAGGAUGUGUGUCGAGUGAUUCAGAAGUUGUCUGCAAGGCUUGGUAGCUGAAGUUGGAUCUUUCAAGAUUUACACCGAACAUAUGGAAUUUGCUGCUUUAUGCUUUUCGAGUGAUGUAUGUGACGUGAGAGCUGAAGCCAGACGCACUGAUGGCUAUGUUCCACAAGCAUAUGGUGUUUCUUAUUCAUGUAUGGAAGUUAAGAAUGUGCUUCACCUACCUCCUUUUGCUGAUUUCGCUCCGUUUUGACAUUCUUGUUAAGCAUUGUUCUGUAAAAAUAGGCUGCUUGCACCUUCUGAUUUUUUUUCAAUUAGUGGUUCUUGUUAUGUAUAUAUGUAGCAAUUUUAAUGGUAAUGCUUAUUUUCAUUGAAUUUAAAA